UCUUAUCUCUCUAAAUGACAAGUUAGUAAGAGAAGAAGAAGAAGAAAGGUAAGAAAGAGCUAUCUUCUUCUUCUUUAGUAUCAUCAUCAUCUCUCUCACUCUCUUUUUCUCUUUCAUAUUGGCACCUUCUUUCCUCCUAGGCCUCUCUCUCUCUCUCCAUUCAUUUAGUUUUACUCACUCACUCACUCAAGACUAAAUCUCAGCGCUAUUACCUGAGUGAACUCUCUCUCUCUCACUCACUCUCCUGGCUCCCAAUCUCCCCGAGCUCUCUCUUCUCUCUGUCUGUCUGUCUGUCUGUCUCUUUCUCAUCAUCAUCAUCUCUCUCUCUCUCUUCAUCUUCAUCUUCAUCUUCCACUUACUUUCUUACCAGAGCGUUGUUAUUACCUUCGCUCCUUUUUUAUCCUUAAGUUUGUUUCUGUUAAAAGUGUUUACAUGUUUAUAUUACAGUUUCCAUCUUAAGCAUGUCUUCAUCAUUCAACAAUCAAUUGAUUAUUUUGCAACAAUUAAAAUUAUCAACCGAUAUAAUUUCAAUCUCAUCAUUAAAAUUACCUUCCUGAUUUGAUUUUCCACCGCAAAUAAAAUCAAUUAACCAACAAUCAACUUGAACCAGGGAUGAAAAUACAAACUAAUCUACAACUACAACUACUACUCCAAAUGUCCAUUAAUAUUAUUAGUCAACAAUUAACAACAAAAAACAACAACAACCUUCAAACUCCACGUGAUUAAUCAUUGAUUAAAGUUGAAAACAACCCAUUAAUUAAUAAUAAUCAUCAUAAAACAUUAUCAUCAAAUCAUCAUCAUCACUUUCAUCAUAACCUAAUCAUAAUCAUCAUUUAAUUUUUUCAUCAUCAUCAUCAUUCAAUCAGUGCCUUUGAAACAACAUCAUCAACAAUCAACAAUCAAUCAUCAAAUUGUUAAAUCAUUAAAUUGUUUUCGUAUUCAAUAAUUUUAAUAUUUAAUAUAAUUUAUCUGAUAAAUUAAUUUUCUACUUCAACUAAUCAUCAUUUUUUUAAUUGUGAUCAACAUCAUCACUAUUAAUUGUCAUCUUACCCUUUGUCUCAAGUGUGUAUCCCAAAGUUCAUCAAGGUAAAUUAAAACUUGCAACAAACAAUUAAGAUUUAAUUUAAACGAAAGCUUAUAUAUUAAUAUACUACAAACAAAUCUACACCAAUUAAAUUAACAAAGCCAAUUAACCAACAAUUUUUAAUUGCGAUGUUAAUUCUCAAUGGAUCCAGUUACGGUAACUCUUGGAAACCGUUAGCAUCACUAUUAUCAUUAUUUUCACUCAUUUCAAUUAUCUCAACCAAUUCAUUGUUUUAUCGUUUCAUCAAGGAGAAACAUUUUACCAUCUCUAAAAAAUAUGAUAAUAUAUUGAGAAAAUGUGAAUCUUGGCAAGUUUGCAAUAAAGUGGACACUUACUCAGCCCCAUGGAUCGAGAGGCAAUGCCGAUGUCCGAAUAGUAAACCUUGUUCAACCUCAUUGAAUUCAAAUGAUGGACGAACCAUAAUUGAUAAAACCAAACAAUAUAAGAUUUGUGAACCAGUCAAUAAAUUAACUACAUGUCGACAUUUUCGUGAUGUAACAUGGACACUGACCAGUUACCCUGAUAAUCGGACCGAGCAGAUAAUGUCCUGUAUUUGUCCCAAAAAUAGUAUAGCUUAUAUAUUUAAACAUCAAUCAUUUGAGGUCACAAACAAAGGUAUUGCAAAUAGAUAUUUAUUUGCAUGUUCACCUGAAAGUAAGAUGAAGUGUCGACGUAAAGAACCAUGUCGUUUAUUCACAGUGAUGAAACGAAAUGAAUUUGAAGAGGUCAACACAAGUACCUUGUGUAAUUGUGGACCAAGACAUUACUGUCCAGCCCAUCAUAAGCAUCCCAAUGUGAUACCCACAGCCCUUAUCCAUUGGAUAAGAUUAAAACUUACAGUGGUUAUUGUGCACCAUUGCAAACCUAUGGAAACUUAACCUAACCCAUAUCAACAAAAUCAACUCUACCCCGAGUGAAAUGAAUACCAUCACCAUCAUUAUAAUCAUCAUCAUCAUCAUCAUCAUCAUCAUUCACAUCAUUCUCAUCUUCAUCGUCGACACAAACAACAACAAGGAAACCCAAUACAACUAAGAAAUACCAAAAAACAAAACAAAGGUUUUCAAUCAAUAUUAAUACUUAAAGCGAACAAAUAAAAAUCACUUUUUUUUACCUUGCAAACCAAACGAAAAUAUAUAAUUACAAUCAGAGAUUUAACAACAAGUUAUAAAGUUUAGAAAGUUUGAUUAAUUGUCAUUAGAUUGACAGGAUUAGAUAGAAAACAACAAAUCAAAGCUCUCGAAUGUCAAAAUAUAUACUGACCAAGGGAAGGAACAGAAAAUUGGGUCAAUCGACAACAGAAGUAACAAUAAGUAAUUGUAAUAAUAAUAACAAGAGAAAAGACAUUACAAAGUAAUAAUAAAGGUAAGAAAACCACAGAGUAAAUUACGAUCAGGGGCACGUAAAAACCGUCAACGAAAUGACCUUAGACCUGGAGAGUUAAUAUAAUUUUAUAAUGUACAAGAUGAACCAGAAAAGGUAGAAAAAUUUACAGGAGGAGCUCACUAUUCACAAAAUACAAUCUCCUACGAUGACCCAUGUGAAUAACUCACAAUAGUUGGUGAUGGUUCCAGCAAAGUGAUAAUAAUAUCAAAGUGAAAACCUUUACUUUUUUUCUUCUCUUCCUUGUAUUCAUCAUCCUCUUUUUUUCUAAGACUCUCCUUUCUCAUCCCCAUCCUCAUCUUCAUUAUCAUCAUUUGCAAUUUGUUCUCUCUUCAUGUUUCCAAAAACCAUCACUAUUUAUUCACAGAAAUAUAUUAUUAUCAUGUGUAUAUUCAAAUUCAUUGUAAGCAACAGAAAAAGUAGAAAACAACAAAUAAACUAACUCACUUUUCGGUUA